UCGAGCUGUUUCUUGGUCCUAUGUGUAUCACUGUGUGUGUGUGUGGAGAUAGGUAGGCGUUUGACAUGCUUUUUCAGAGGCUAAUAAUGAAGAUGAAUCCUCUUUUUAUUCUCUCUCCUCCAUGAAAGUCACUUUAUUGAAGGCUUCCAACGUUAAGCAACUUAAGCCUUAAGAACCCCACGUCUCUUUAAUAAAAGUGUAUUUUUAGAGUACUGUCGAAGCAACAGAAGAGGAGCCAUGACUACUGUCAUCGUGCUGCUGCUGCUCCCCGUUUUGUUUGCGAGUCUUUUCACUCCAUUGAGCCAUGCCUCACCCUCCAUUCUCUCGGAAAAGAAUGCUCCAAAACCUAGGCACUCAAAGCUACUUAAGAGUGCUAUACAACGCCAAACUUCUCAUGAAAAACAGGCUGAGCUAUGGAUGCCUUUGGUCGACCAAGGAUGGAAACCCUGUGUUGAAUCUGACACUCUUCCCAGUUUUCCAGAAAAUUCUCAAGGAUAUAUUCAGGUUUUCCUUGAUGGAGGACUAAAUCAGCAGAGGAUGGGGAUUUGUGAUGCCGUGGCUGUUGCUAAAAUUUUGAAUGCAACUCUUGUGAUCCCUUACCUUGAAGUAAACUCUGUUUGGCAAGAUUCAAGCACUUUCUUGGAUAUAUUUGAUGUGGAUCACUUCAUUAAUGUGUUGAAAGAUGAGGUAUCCAUAGUUAAAGAGUUGCCCGAUGAAUUCUUUUGGAGCACACGGGAAUAUUAUGCUACAGCCAUCCGGGCUAACAGAAUUAAAACAACACCUAUUCAUGCUUCGGCGAACUGGUAUAUAAAAAAUAUUAUCCCUGGAUUGACCAGUUAUGGCAUUGCUGCAAUUGCACCGUUUUCUCACCGACUGGCAUUUGACAAUAUGCCCAAGGACAUCCAACGUCUACGGUGCAAGGUCAACUUUCAAGCAUUAGUUUUUGUUCCUCGCAUCAGAGAACUUGGAGAUGCUCUCAUCAACCGUCUCAGAUAUCCUCCUGGUGAUGAUGAAGUUGUUGGUACUAAGCAUUUUAAAGAUGUUAGCAAUGCUAAACGCAAACAAGGAACUGGAAACUUUGUUGUCCUCCAUCUUCGAUUUGAUAAGGAUAUGGCUGCCCAUUCAGCCUGCGACUUCGGUGGGGGUAAGGCAGAAAAACUGGCUCUAGCUAAGUAUCGACAAGUCAUUUGGCAAGGAAGGGUCUUAAACUCUCAAUUUACCGAUGAGGAGUUGAGAAGUCAGGGACGGUGCCCAUUGACUCCCGAAGAAAUUGGAUUGCUGCUAGCAGCUCUGGGAUUUGACAACACUACUCGCUUAUAUCUUGCCUCCCAUAAGGUGUAUGGUGGUGAAGUCAGGAUCUCGACCUUGAGAAGUUUGUUUCCAUUAUUGGAAAAUAAAAAGAGUCUUUCUUCUUCCGAAGAAAGAGCCAGCAUUAAAGGAAAGGCUUCCUUAUUAGCUGCAGUUGAUUACUACGUUGGUAUGCACAGCGAUAUCUUCAUUUCUGCCUCUCCUGGAAAUAUGCACAAUGCUAUGGUGGGACAUCGAACAUACCAAAACCUGAAGACUAUAAGACCUAACAUGGCAUUGUUGGGGCAGCUUUUCCUGAAUAAAAGCCUAACUUGGCCAGAGUUCCAAGAGACUGUGGUUGAAGGACACAAGAACAGACAUGGGCAGAUCCGAUUACGCAAAUCAGAACAGUCUAUAUAUACAUAUCCUACUCCAGAUUGCAUGUGCAAUGCUUAACAGUGGGAUUCUGUGAUAUAAAUCUUAUAUAAACUGCAGGUGCUGAUGCUGGUGCAGCUGCUUGUAUUAUUUGUGGCCUAUAAUAUCUGAAAUAAAAUGCAAUCCCUCUUGAUUACUGGAGAAUCGACUGACCAAAAGCUCAAGAAGAAUUAGCCGAGUUAAAGAGCCAUUUAUGUACUUCCUAUUAGAGAAUUCAUCAGGGGUGGGAGAAUUUUUUUUAAGGAUUGGGUUGUAUUCAUUUAUCUGAGUUUGAUGUACAAUUCAGUGAAGAGUAACAGGAGAAGCUCUCAUGACUCGCAGCGUCUUUGUUUGUUUAAUCCACUUUAUUAUAUAGUAAAGUUCUGAAACUUUGGAGAAA